AUGUCACCAACCAUGUCUGUCUUCACCAUCGUCCAUCGAGCCCUCCCACCCCUAUCUCUCUGGAAGCGGCGUACAAGCCUCAAAGGCAAAUCCCCUUGCACAGAGAUCGAGAUCAGCGAAAAGAACAACCUUCCAGAACCCAACGAUAAUGGCUUGAUGCACCAUGACGUCCACACAGUGCAGGUAGCGGUGAGGGGCAAUGCAGACGAAAAAAAGACCCAGCCAUCACCGGAAGAUCUCCCCGAACCCGAGUGCCGUGCCUCAUCCAGCGAAACACUUCCCACGCGGGCCCAACUCGCCCGUGCUGUCAGCUGGGCGAGUAUUGUCCGCAGUCAGGAUCGGUGGACUGCCGAACAAGAAAAAGAGCUUGUGCAUGCCCAGAGACAAUUGGAGAAAUGUCAAAAGGCCUGGAGCUCUGAACAGGAAGUCUGGUUGGUUUAUGUCCAAGCCUUGAGCGAAGAAAAAGAAGCACAUACAGGCUUCCUCUCAGCUCGCCACCGACAACAAGGCGACGAGCAACAUCAGUUCCGCAAGGCCUGGAAACGACGACGAUCAUCAGGCGAUGAAGAGGCACAGCAAUCUGACACCGAGACCGCAAAUCGACUAGGAAAAUUGCGUCGCUUACAGCGCUAUUCAUAUUCAGGGCAGCAGUUGGGCGCCGGGUCGACGGCGUUAUCGGUUAAAGCAUGA